AUGCUACUGCCACCAGAAUCGGAUAUGGAUGUGAAUAGAAGUCCAGCAUCAGUUUCUAUCUUGGGAACAUGGCAUGUUCUUGGUCCGUUUAAAACUGGCACGAGAGAAGCAACAUGGGGCGCAGAUCCGCUCGAGGUACUCGGCGGAUUCCGCAAUAUUUCGUAUGACUUCGACCCGGCUGCUAGAUUCAGCAGUGCCUUGGGUACUAACGGAACCGUUGGCUGGUCUGUCCUGGGGUUGAUCGAGUCAGAACAGGGCAAUCAUGCAUCUGCCAAGGCAAAGGUUGACCUCGACAUCGGUUUUCCGGAUGUAGACUGGGAGUUUCUCCGGUCUGUUUAUGGCUGGGCGGGAAUGCAGUAUCAGGCCUGGGCGCGGGGGUGUUUGACCGUGGCGUCUGCAGCUGGAGCUGAUGACCGCAGCGGCGGUAAUACUGCUACUGUCUCCAUGUUUACAGACGGAUUGCUAGAGGUAUGGGUUGACGGGCAGCCGUAUUUCGGCGGCGAUUUUUAUACAUAUCGGCGGGCGCCCGUACUUUUGAAACUGGUGCCUGGGCCACAUGUUGUGGACCUGAGGUUGGUGAGGGAUGUGAGGGCCUUGGGUGGGGUGGGCGAACCACGGAUACGAGCUGUAGUGGAAGUUCAGUUGAUGCAGCCUUCCCUGUCCAGUGACAGCACUGACGCCGGUGAGGUGGUGCCAGGUCUAGAUGUGGACGAGGAUAGUGUUCUUGUUGCAGAAGUCGUGGAGGGGAAACUUGCUAGUUCCCUUGCUUCUGUUAUCGUACGGAAUGUUCGUGAUGAAUGGGCCGAUAUAACGGAUAUCGAUUCUGUUUCUGAUACGCAAUCCGCCAGGCCUAUUCUCUCAUUGGUCUAUAGUCCAAUUACCCUCGCUCCACGCCAGUCGCGCCCAGUAGCUUUUGAGAUCGAUUUCCACGGCCAAAUCCCCUCAAACUUCUCCUUCCAACUCACUUAUAAGGUCCAGUCUGCGGAUCAACCGUGGAAAACAAACCCUGUGACUGCGUCCGUCACAACGCGGAGGAUGACAGAUGCCCAAAAGUAUACUUUCCUCCACCCCGGCGGCAUAGUAUCCUACGCCAUCUUACGGCCCCCGUUGAAUGCGUCCUGUAAUUCCACCGCCGGCGGCGACGGUGAUCAUACACUCUCCAUUCUAGUUGAUCUGCACGGCGCGGGCCUCGAAGCUGCUAGUGAGCAGGUUAGACAUAUGCUGGAUGCUGCCUAUGGAAUAUGUGCAUGGAUGCUGUUCCCGACAGGUGUCACACCAUGGAGCGGGGAUGAUUGGCAUUACGUGCCAUUUACCAUGUGGCAUGAUGGACAAGCCGCUAUCGCAAGCGUCAUCCAGACAGCUCGGCAGAGUUUCAAGCACGAAUUGCUUGUGGAAAACUUCGCUGGAAUCCCCAUUCUCCAACAGCAUGGGUCUGCAGACAAUAACGUCCCUGCAUACCAUUCACGCCUAUUGCACCAGCUAAUCUUGGAAAAUGGCCUGCACUCCGAAUACUAUGAACUUCCAGGAAAGGGACAUUGGUUUGAUGGCGUCUUAACCACGCCCCCACUACUAGAUUUCUACUCUCUCCAUACUAGCAAUACUUCCGCCUACAACAACCUUCUGCCCGAGAAAUUCUCCUUCUCCACCCCUAACUCAGGAGAUAUGGGGUCCCGAGGCGGCAUCAUGGUGGACCAACUGUCCUCGCCAGAUAAAUACGGACACAUGCAAGUGAUGCGCGAAGGGGGGGGCAGGCAGUGGCGCCUGAAGACUCGUUAUGUGCAUCGUUUCCAUCUCCUCCCAUCAAGAAUGCGCGGGAUAGCAUACCCCACGGAUAUCGUGGUGGUGGAUGAAGAUGAUGGUUCUGAAACGCCAUUUAGAGCCCCGGCCGCUGACACCGCUUACUCCACAUGGUUCGUCAAAGAUGAGGCCACGGGCAAGUGGACUGUUUCUACCGAUAAUUCAUGGCAGGACGAUAUCUGGCAGCGGUACGGUCGGCAGAAUGGCGCUAUGGACGCGAUCUUUCAUUCGAUGGGUAGAUUUACUAUAAGGAUUUGCUCGCCCGCCAGCAGUGGAGAGGAGCAACUAAUGAACGUAGCGCUGCAGAUCAGCCGUAAUUUGCUACAGUAUUUCGCGGCAGAUUCGCAGAUUCUACCACCACAAACUACAUGCAACAGCGACGACAAUGAUAAUCGCAUGAUCGAAGAGGAGGAGGAACUGCGCGGUUCGGGAAACCUCAUCACCGUUGCAAUUGGGAACGACUUGCCACCACCACCCUUAUCCCCCCUCGACUUGUUCCCUAUCCACAUCGCCCAUAACCACUUGACAAUCCAGACUGCAGCCUCAAACCGCCACCCAUCCCGCACAACCACAAAAUCUUACCCCUUCGUACCAGACCUAGGCGCCAUAUUCCUGCGUCCACGCUCGAGCCAACGUCUCGAGCUGGUCGUAUGGGGCGCCGACGUUGGCGGGUUACAGCAAGCGAGCCGCCUCGUACCACUUCUGACGGGCGUUGGGCAGCCUGAUUUUGUGGUUCUGAGUGAGCAGUGUCGAUGGCAGGGUUUUGCUGGCGUGCAUGCUGCUGGAUUUUUUGACUUCCGGUGGCAGGUGUCCUCGGGGUCGUAUGUGUACUGA